AUGACGAAGCUUUCGUUGGCUGUUUUGCUGAUCGUGGGACUAUCGACGGCUGUUCGCGCCGAUUGGUGGGACUCCUUGACGGAUAGCGUCAGUUUUGUCUUUCCAUUAUGUUUAUUCAAAAUAGUGGUAAAAGAAGGCUCGUAGCUUUUUCUGAACCUUCCUAAAGUCUUUUGUCUUUUUUGAGCAGUUACAUGAUUCUUUUGAAAUUAUAAAAAAUAAUUUUCAGGUGAGCGAAGGUUUCGUCAGCGCCGCUGGUUGGGUGAAGGAUACGGCUAGUCCAGCGGUCAGGUUCGUGAAGUUAAAGCAAAAAGUUCUUCGAAGUGAUACCAAAACUGUCGUAAAUUAGACUUAGAACUCGGAAAAGGUCAAAUGGGCGGAAGCCUGAAGAGACGCCAGAGAAAGAGAGAUGCGUCGCUUCUCCGGCCUCUCUUCAAGAGUCCGCUAUUUUCUUGCGAAAAAUCAGGGCGCCUUGGAACUUCGGAGUGUAUCGGUUGCUUCAAUUAUCAGUUUGAAAACUAUUAAACUUUUCAAAAAACAACGAUCAUUCAUACUUUUUUUGUGGUUUUUUUAAACAUUCUCAGAACAAAUAAUUUCACUGUGAGUUCCAGGUACAAGUUCAACGAGUACAAGGAGAAGCUUCAGGACCCCGAAACUCACAAAGUUGUCCGCGAAUGGGUUUCUGAGGUGAAGAAACUGAAUUUCAUAGAUUUUGCGUUGAAAAAGUGGUCAAUGAAAAGUCUUUCAAUAAAUUAAUAAAUUGGAAAUGUUUCAGAAAGCGGCGGCGGCGUCGGAAUUCGCCCAGGAGGAGAUCGUCCCGGAGCUGAAGAAGAUCUAUGACGCAGCGACGGCCGACAGCCAGGAGAAGGAGAAGUCCAAGGAAGAAUGA